AUGGCAGAUACCGAAACAACUCCAGCAGAGUCGAAGGCAGCGGAUUCUGAAUUACCUUCGCAGGAUAAGAAGAAGAAACGUGGUCCUAAACCAAAGGAAAAAAGCGAUAAGCCUAAACCGAAACGUAGUAAUCUUGAUACUCCACCCAUACACGACAUGAUUGUGGAAGCACUUGAAACUUUGAAAGAAAGAAGAGGUGUUACACUUCAUGCCAUCAAGCGAUAUUUGGAAGAAAACUAUAAAGUAGAUGCUUCCAAGCUAAGUGCGCGUAUCCGGCGAGCUUUGUUGCAUGGCAUUGAUGAGGGACACAUCAUUAGAACUCGGGGUCACGGUGCCAUGGGUCGUUUUAAAGUAAAAACUACUAAACCGUCAAUGAUCAAAAAACGUCAGGCACCGGAAGAUUAUGUUGAAUUACCAAUGGUAAAUCGCCAGUCGCGUCCUGCUAAUAAACGUGCACCAAAAAAGGUAGAUUCUUCGCCAGUAGAUACUUCCUCUCCAAAGCAAAAACCAACAAAGCCAUCCAAAGCAGAAGUUACUCCUAAAAAAGGUCCCAAACCGAAAAAGGGAAGACCUGCCAGGAAGAAGUAA